AUGUCAAAUUUUAUUGGAGUUCAAAAAAGUAAUAGAAAUAAACCUCUGGUCAUAACCAUUACAGCAUGCCAAAACUUACAUUCACACAAAUCACCAGCUUCAUCAGUUAAGUGCCUGACUACGCCUAAAUCAAAGCCAUCUGUAUUCAUUAAGGAAAAAUGUACUGUUAAUCGUACUAUAAAAAGCGAUGGAAAUGAAAUUAUAGAAGAAACCGUUACUAAAACUGUUUCUGACAAUCCCUUCGAAGGUAACGUUAGUGAUUCAAGCCUAAAGACAGAAAAAUGUUGCAGUUGUUCCACUCAGACUGGAAGCGAAAAUAAAAUGGUGAAUGUUCCUUCUGGUAUUACUUUAAAUAUACCAGUGGUGAAGCCAAGAUAUCAUGGACCUUGUUGUGCCUUGGAAAUAUGCGUAUUAGAAAAGCAUCAACCACAAUGCAAAUUCAAGAAAACGAACCCAUGUAAAAAACUCUCUCCAGAUGAUAAAUGCGGUAGUUAUGAAGUAAUUGGAAGGAUGAAAUUUAAAACGUGUGAAGGUACGGAAACAAUUCAACCGCAAUGUCCACCGAAAUGCCCAAUAUCUGGUUCAUCCCAAAAUAUCUGCCCUAAAAAGUCAACUUCAUCGGAAUCAUUGACGCAAAAAGCAUGCUGUUGUAAACGGAAACGAAGGUGGUAUGAAUGUUUAUGUCCUUGUGUACAAACAUUAAAAACGUUUGAUGUAUGUAUCCCUUGA